UACAACAAAAUUAGGGUUUUAUUGUUAUCAAUAAAUCUAUAAGCCACUGCACAAUAUCUAUCUUAUUUUGGUGAUUUCCUAGGGUUUUCACGAUCCUAACCCCGAACUUCUUUGUAUUUGAGUAAACAAUCUGUAGAAUUUACUUCAAAGUUCUGUUCUUUUUGAAUGAUCUCAUAGGUCUCUGUGAUUUUAGCCCUAGUUUUUGUGAAAAUGUCAGCUUUCAGUUGCCUUUCUACUGUUUACCCUUCUUCCAGUGCCUGCAAGUACUUGAAUCGGGCGAAAAAGCCCAUGAAUCACUCGCUUUUAGCUCAAAUUAGAGGAGAGGAGAAGAAAAAUAAAAGAAAAUUGAUAAUUUCUCCAAGCUCAGCUGUUCGUGGAUUAGGCGGAAGUUCGAGGCUCCCAUCGGUAUCGAUUUACGACUUGAUCGAAUCAUUGAUAAAUGGGGUGAAUUUAUCUGAAGAAGAGGCUGAGGCUUCUCUUGAUCUUUUACUCAAUGAAGCUGAUCAGGCAUUAAUCAGUGCUUUCCUUGUUCUGCUGACGGCCAAAGGAGAGACAUUUGAGGAGAUUGUGGGACUGGCAAGGGCCAUGAUCAAAUGCUGUAGGAAAGUUGAAGGUGUAGCUGAUGCAGUUGACAUCGUUGGAACGGGUGGUGACGGUGCAAAUACAGUCAAUAUCUCAACUGGCGCGUCGAUUCUUGCUGCUGCAGCUGGUGCAAAAGUCGCAAAGCAAGGAAAUCGCUCUAGCUCUUCAGCAUGUGGAAGUGCAGAUGUAUUGGAGGCAUUGGGUGUAAAUAUUGACCUGGACCCUCUGGAGGUGAAACACUGCAUCAAGGAAACAAGCAUCGGUUUCAUGAUGUCUCCUCAGUACCAUCCAUCGAUGAAAAUUGUUGCUCCUGUGAGGAAAAGGCUUAAAGUGAAGACAGUUUUUAAUAUUUUAGGUCCAAUGCUAAAUCCAGCACAAGUACCUUUUGCUGUUGUUGGCGUUUACAACGAAAACAUAGUCAUGAAAAUGGCUAAAGCACUGCAGCGGUUUGGAAUGCAGAGGGCUCUGGUAGUUCAUUCAGAGGGGUUAGAUGAGAUAAGUCCACUUGGGCCUGGAUAUCUUCUCGAUGUUACUCAAGAAAAGAUUGAAAAGUUCCAUUAUGAUCCCUUGGAUUUUGGUUUUCCUCGUUGCACUCUAGCAAGUCUAAAAGGUGGAGGUCCAAAUUUUAAUGCAGAAGUUCUAAGAAAUGUCCUGUCUGGUGAGAAAGGACCAGUUGCAGAUGCUUUAGUCCUAAAUGCAGCAGCUGCUCUUCUGGUGAGUGGUAAAGUUAACAGCUUAGCAGAAGGAGUGAUGCUGGCUCGAGAAACACAUUUGUCCGGAAAAGGCGCCUCUACUCUGGAUUCAUGGAUCAGUAUCUCCAAUCAACUAAGAAAAGGAGCAAGCGCUGCAAUUUGAAAUGGCCGAAGUUGAAGUGCACUGCAUUUUGAUUCCUUAGAGAAACGCUGCUGUUGCUAGUAUUGUUGUUGUUGCCUUAACGCAUUGACACUUCAAAUCUAUUCUUAAAUGACUUUUACCGCACGCUGUUAUUUGCA